AUGGGUUUCACGGAUUUUUUCUCCGAUUUGGUCUCUGGCUUCGGCUUGGCCGAAGCCCACGCUGAGGCUCCUCCCGCCGAGCACGACGAGAGCGUCGCCGAAGAACAGGAAGAGAAGACUGAGGAGUCCACCGAAGAACCCGAGGAGGCUGAGCCUGAAGCCGAGGCUGAGGAAGUAGAGGAAGAAGAGGAAGAGGAAGAAGAGGAGGAGGAGGAGGAGGAGGAAGAGCCUCAGGACAUCAAGCCAGCACUCGAGGAGGACUGCGCCAACUCCACGGUCUGCGCUCCUUUCAAACACCACUUCGACGAAUGCGUUGAGCGUGUCACACGCGCACAGGAAGAGGGCGACUCCACCGGACCCAAGGAAGACUGCGUUGAAGAAUUCUUUCACCUCCAGCACUGCGCCACCCAAUGCGCUGCCCCCAAGCUCUGGAAGAGCUUGCGGUAA